ACCGCCGCCGUCAUUGCACGGUUUGAAUUCGUUAUCGAAGCGACGACGUACCGUAUUAUCUCCACUCAAAACUUCUCACGCAAAACGAUUCGAUGUAAUGACAAUUUGUGAAGUGAGAAAUAAGUGUGUGUUGUUAAAAUAAGUGAUUUAAGUGCAAUACCGUGGUAUUCUCGUGAUUUUGUCAAAGAAAUCUCGCAGCAAUAAUUUUAACGGAACCGAUCGUUGGUUGGAUUAUUCUGUUCUUCGGUAGUUGCGAUGCAGUGGUGACCGCGGCGUGAUGAUGAGGCUCGAGGCUCCCGAGAAGCAGCACCGCUACCACAACCUCCUCGACGAUGACCACGCCAAUGAGAUGCUAGAGGGCGAGGGCGCGGGGCUGGCAGCGCGCGUGGCUGAGCUGGAGGUGCGGUGCGCGCGGCAGGCGGAGGAGCUGCUGUGCCUGCGCUCCACGCUGGCUGACGCGCUACGUCGCCUCAACGCGCUCGAGGGCAGAGCGCCCGCCCCUACGCCUGCGCACAGGAACGGCUCUUACACAGGGUCGACAGGCACACCGACACGGGAGGUUCGACUGAGGCAGCCUUACAGAGAGACUGCCAAGAGGACCUCCAGCUUCGGGUCCAGCGCCAGUUCACUACCACAAAGACGCGGCCCCCAGCAUCAGUCAACGGGGUCGCUGCAGUCGGACUCCCCCGCCUCCUCCUCCUCGCUGUCCCCUGCGCCCUCACCCUCGCCGCGCGCCACGCCCGCCCCGCAUCUCGCACCGCAUCCGACACACACCUACAGAUCCCGUAAUAACUCUACAUCGAGCAACCAGAGUGCAUCCGCUACCAACGCUCUCACCAAGAGGUGGAACUCAACAGGAGAUUUCAAUGCUCAAGGAUUAUUACCAAGUAGCAGAUUUACAACAACAAAAUCCUUGCUAAAUUUAUAUUCUAAGCCGUCGCAAAAUGGACCCAUAUUGAAACAUGGCACCCAUACCUGUCAGUACAAUGAGGAGGAAGGGUCAAUGCGUAUGUACCUGCGCGGCAGGCCCGUCGUGUUGUACGGACCUUCCGACCAGGACGGCCUGGACCCCGCCAAGGUCGCGCCACCACCGCAGAGCAAGCUCAAGUUAGAGUGGGUCUACGGGUACAGAGGCAAGGAUUGCCGCAGCAACUUGUACCUCCUCCCGACCGGUGAGAUCGUUUAUUUCGUGGCGGCGGUGGUGGUGCUGAUGAACGUGGAGGAGCAGUGCCAGCGGCAUUACACCGGCCACACGGACGACGUCAAGUGCCUCGCCAUACAUCCCAACAAGCUCAUUGUGGCAAGUGGACAGUGCGCCGGACAUGAUAGAGUCGAUGCCAGGCCGCACGUCCGCGUGUGGAACUCUGUAUCGCUGGCGACGCUGGCGGUGCUGGGCGGCGGUCAGCUGCAGCGCGGAGUGGCCGGCCUGGCCUUCUCGCGGGCCGACGGCGGUCUGCUCGCCGCACUGGACGAGGCGCCCGACCACACCAUCGCCGUGUGGGACUGGCAGCGCCCCGACAAGCACUGCCUCGCUGAGACCAAGUGCUCGGUGGACACGGUGGUAGCGGUAGAGUUUCACCCAUUAGACCGCAACCAGAUAGUGACGUGCGGCAAGAACCACAUCGCCUUCUGGACCCUGGAUCAGACCAACAUGCUGUACAAGCGCAUGGGCGUCUUCGAGGGGCGGGAUAAACCCAAAUACGUCACCUGUUUGGCUUUUAAUCCAAACGGUGACGUACUGUCCGGGGAUUCGAACGGCAACAUAAUAGUGUGGGGCCGCGGCACCAACACUAUCGCGAAGCUGGUGCGCGGCGUGCACGAGGGGCCGGUGUUCUCGCUGUGCUGCCUCAAGGACGGCGGCGUGGUCUCCGGCGGAGGCAAGGACGGCCGCCUCGUCAUGUUCGACUCCGAGAUGAACGCCACCGGCAUGGAGAACGUGAUCGAGGGUCACUACGGCGGCGUGCGCGUGGUGGCGGAGGGCCGCGGCAGUCAGCUGUACGUUGGCACCACACGCAACUGCAUCCUGCACGGAGACCUGCAGCUCGGCUUCUCGCCCGCAGUGCUCGGUCACGUGGAGGAGCUGUGGGGUCUGGCGGCGCACCCCUCGCUGCCACAGUUCGUGACGGCGGGCUGGGACCGUCUGCUGCAGCUGUGGGACGGUCUCAGCCACUCCACCGUCUGGAGCAAGGACAUCGAGGAGCGUGCUCAGUGCUGCGCCUGGUCACGUGACGGUGGUGCAGUGGCGGUGGGCUGCCUGUCGGGACGCUGGCUGGUCUUCGACCCUCACUCCAGGGAACUACUCGCCAGCCAUCAUGACGGUUGUGAGCCGAUCCAGACGAUCCAGUACUCUCCCAACAACGAGCUGGUGGCGCUCGGGUCACGAGACAACUUCAUCUACGUGUACCAGGUGCAGGACUCCGGCGCCCGGUACUCCCGCCUCGGCAAGUGUCUGGGUCAUUCAAGUUACAUAACGCAUUUGGACUGGUCUGAGGACAGUCAGUACAUCAGGAGCAACUCUGGUGAUUACGAACUGCUCUUCUGGAACGCGACGACUUGCCGUCAGAUCACAAACCCGACGUCAAUGCGCGACGUGAGCUGGUCCUCCUCCACCUGCCCCAUCACCUUCCACACGCUGGGCGUCUGGCCGGAGAAUGCUGACGGCACCGACAUCAACUCCUGCACCAGAUCCAACGAUGGAAGGCUUGUGGCUACGGGCGAUGACUUCGGUAAGGUGAAGCUCUUCGCGUACCCUGUCACACAGCCCAAGUCGCUGAGCCACGCGUACGGCGGCCAUUCCUCUCACGUGACGUGUGUCCGUUUUCUGUCGGACGACUCGCGUCUGCUCUCCGCCGGCGGACUCGACACCGCCGUGCUACAGUGGAUACUCGACUGAGUCUCACACCUCACCACCUCACGACCUCACAUCAACUCACAGUGCGGACCUCACCACCUCAACAUCACCGAACAGCUGUGGAUCCACGACUAAGUCGCGAGCCGCGUCACCUCACGACGUCACAGUGCGGGCCUCAUGACCUCACAGUGCGGA